CAGGGCUGUAAUACCUACUUUGUUCAGAUCCAUUCAACACACAAGUUCAGCCAGCUGAACAGCCUAGCAGUGCUACGGCACAUCUUGCUAGCCUAAUUCAAAAAGCCAGUGCGAUAGCUAGAUGCAAACUCUCUUUGCACAGUGUAGCACUUCGAGGUGAUUCAGUUUCAGGAAAUUUGGAAAAAAGCUUGCAAGUAAAUAAAACUGGGAGUCACGAUGGAGAUGUAUUUAACAAGUCAAAUACUGGAUCAAACUUAAAGCCAGUUUCUUAUUCAGUACACUGAAAAGGUCACCUUCUCUUCCUGGAAAAGAAGCAAAAUCUCAGCUUUGCUGCUUUUUAUUUAACAGCUUGGCUCCCACUUAAAUUUUCUUCAUGUUCUUACCUAAUUAGGCUAUCUAGCUAUACAAACAAGGAUACUCAUGGUAGAUGACAAGGGAAAGAACAUGAAAUGUCUCACCUUCUUUUUGAUGCUUCCAGAGACAGUCAAGAACAGGUCCAAGAAAAGCUCUAAGAAAGGAAAUAGCAGCAGCAGCAGCAGCACCAGCAAGUUGCCUCCAGUUUGCUAUGAAAUCAUUACCUUGAAGACCAAAAAGAAGAAGAAGAUGGCUGCUGAUAUUUUUCCCAGAAAGAAACCAGCCAAUACUAAUACAACUGCUGUCCAGCAAUACCACCAACAAAACCUCAACAACAACAACACUAUCCCUGCCCCCAAUUGGCAAGGGCUUUAUCCCACCAUUCGAGAGAGAAAUGCAGUGAUGUUCAACAAUGACUUGAUGGCAGAUGUUCAUUUUGUGGUUGGGCCACCAGGUGGGACCCAGCGGUUGCCAGGACACAAAUAUGUCUUAGCUGUUGGGAGCUCUGUAUUCCAUGCAAUGUUUUACGGAGAGCUUGCUGAGGACAAAGAUGAAAUUCGUAUACCAGAUGUUGAGCCUGCUGCUUUUCUCGCUAUGCUGAAAUACAUCUAUUGUGAUGAAAUUGACUUAGCUGCUGAUACGGUGCUGGCCACUCUUUAUGCUGCCAAGAAGUACAUCGUUCCUCAUCUUGCUCGAGCAUGUGUCAACUUUCUAGAGACGAGCCUAAGUGCAAAGAAUGCCUGUGUGCUGCUCUCCCAGAGCUGCUUAUUUGAGGAACCUGACCUGACCCAGCGCUGCUGGGAAGUGAUUGAUGCCCAAGCAGAGCUGGCUUUGAAAUCGGAGGGGUUCUGCGAUAUUGAUUUUCAGACACUUGAAAGCAUCCUCCGAAGGGAGACGCUGAAUGCCAAAGAAAUUGUUGUUUUCGAAGCUGCGCUUAACUGGGCUGAAGUUGAAUGUCAACGGCAAGAUUUACCUGUUAGCAUAGAAAAUAAACGCAAGGUCCUAGGGAAAGCUCUGUACCUGAUUCGCAUCCCUACCAUGGCACUCGACGACUUUGCAAAUGGUGCUGCUCAGUCCGGGGUGCUGACUCUCAAUGAAACCAAUGACAUCUUCCUUUGGUAUACAGCUGCCAAAAAGCCAGAAUUAGAGUUUGUGAGCAAUGCCAGAAAAGGCCUUGUCCCCCAGCGUUGCCACCGCUUCCAGUCUUGCGCCUACCGCAGCAACCAGUGGCGCUACAGGGGUCGGUGUGACAGCAUCCAGUUUGCUGUUGAUAAGAGAGUUUUCAUUGCUGGCUUUGGGCUGUAUGGUUCUAGCUGUGGAUCAGCAGAAUAUAGUGCAAAGAUCGAACUUAAACGCCAAGGUGGUAUCCUAGGCCAGAACUUGAGCAAGUACUUCUCAGAUGGAUCUAGCAACACUUUCCCAGUGUGGUUUGAGUAUCCAGUGCAGAUUGAGCCUGAUACCUUUUAUACAGCUAGUGUGGUACUGGAUGGCAAUGAACUAAGCUAUUUUGGACAAGAAGGAAUGACCGAAGUUCAGUGUGGGAAGGUAACUGUUCAGUUCCAGUGCUCUUCAGACAGUACAAAUGGCACUGGAGUGCAGGGAGGGCAGAUCCCAGAACUCAUAUUCUACGCCUGAGCAAAAAUGUUUCCAGAGUUGGACCUGAAGUACACAUUUGGUUCAGACCUACUGAUGCUUAGCUUGUUAUCUGCAGCUGUGAUCAGUACAGAGAAUAUAUAAUUAAAAGCUGUUGAUAAUUACUGCUUGCUGGCCUUGUAGCCUCUUUGGUGAUGAUAUUUAAAUGUAACAUUCAACUUUAACUGGAAGCUCUUAUGAGCAAGGAAGUUCCUAAAGCUUUGUUUGAGUUAGAUAUACCUACGCCCAUGAUUCCCAGCCUGUCUUGUUGGCAUGCCCCUACUUGCAGUGCAUCAGCAAAUAGAUGUCUUCCCUCAUAUCUCCAAUGGACUGUGCCCCGAAUACACUGGAUGCCGCCUCUUUUGGUCCAUUUUCUCUUUCUGUCUCAGUUCUUUUUUCCUCCUUGUCUUUUUCUCUCUGCUUCUUAUUUUUUGCUCUUGUUUUUUGUUCCCCAACUCUCCAGAAGGCUACAUGCUGCUCAGAGUCAGGGAAGGGGCUCCACAAGUCUGGGCUGCUUUAGUUCUUAUAGCUGAGCCAAGUGUUAUGGGGCAGAUAAGAGAAGCUUGUGUGUGAACAUGCAGUCCUAUAGAGGCAAGCCAGUCCCGUAUGUGGCCAGCUGUAUUGGGGAUGGCUGCAAGAUAAGAGAGGGAGGCAGCAGUCAAGGAGCCAUGCACUGCUUUAUACACAGAUGCAGGAUCAUACUUGCAGCCGGGAUGAGCUGGGCUUUUCCCACUAGCACCCUCUUGAGCUCCUCUGACUCAUUUCCUUAAGACUGGGAAAUACUACAUGUACCUACAUAGGUGGCUUCGAAGCAUUUAACCAAAUGUUGCAAUAGUUACACUGAGAUGCUUUCAAAAUUGCUCUCAUUUGGCCCACUACUAAAUAGCUGGGUGAUGAUAUCCAGCAUGAGACAAAGGAUAGGUUAGUUUACAUAAAAUAUUUGGAGAGGGGUUUUUUCCCGCUGUACAAAUGAAAAUAAAUAUCACUGCACAGUAACAUGUACCAGUCCUGAGUUACAUUUUCCUUCUCUGAAAUGUGAGCUUUUUUAUAGUAUUGCCACACAAUCUGAUUCAGUAGAUAAUUAAAUAGAUGAUAGCAAGAAGAUUCCCCAGAGUGGACUAUGUCUGGUGGUGAGCACCAAAUGUAAUACAGUGAGGGGAAACGUAUGUCUAAUCUCUUGCAAUUAGUUUUAAUUUAAAUGUGAAAUGGAGGAUUGUGUGGUCCAAAAGCUUUUUUUCCUCCCCCUGAAUUACUUUUCAAGCUUUCUGUAGUCCUGCCUGUAUUUUUGACAGGAAGGGACUACAGACGCAUUGCUGUUUUAAGAGGGAAGGAAAUAAGUAUAACUAAAAGAUCCAAUUACCAUUUAAACUUAAAUGAAGUCUACACUUUGGAAAAGAAAAUCCUUAGUCUCUAGAUUGUGAAAAUUGCUUACAAAGAGGACACUACUGAGGUAAUUUGUCUUACCUCUGUAAUACCUCUGAAGUGGUUAUAUUUUCUUUCCAUAUUUUAAGCUAAAAUAGAGGACCAAAUGAUUCUUUGGCCAGGCUAAAGACUAACGUCUGUGCUACAAUAAAUAUAAUCAUCCGUUUUACAAUGGAACUGCUUUUCCCAUAUGGUUACUUAUCAGUUAAUAUUAUUAGUCCACCUACUCCUUGACUGCUUGAAUCUUGGCCUCUGGCCAUCUCAAAGUGCUGGUAUGUUUCUGCAGUGUCCAAAACAUGAUCUGGAGUAAUGACAACUGGAUUGGAGUAGAUAUCAAAAACUCAAAGACCUAAGCCAGUCUUCCCCGUCCUGUGGAUGAUGAAAAGAAGAGUGAGGGAGAAGACUGUUCUGCAAGUACCAUGUUCUUUAUUCACUGUAAUGGUUACAAUUUUACAUGAGCAAAUACAUUCUUUCAGAAGUAUAAAAUACCCUCAGAAUAUAUAGAAAAUGCUUUUUAUAACAGAUGUACCUAAACUAGACUGUUAGUGAGAUCUGCACAGAACGUUCCGUGGAAAACUGAAGGUUAUUUUUUUUAAAGCUCCAGUUAAUUAUAUUUAGAUCUCUCAGCAACCAAAAAUAUACACGCAGUGUAAUUUAAUGGAUUGGGGAAAUAUUUAUUGAACAGACAACGAAGGAAUGUAAGAUCGUCAUGCGAUAAUAGUCAUCUACAUGUAGACAUUAUCUGAGCAUUAGUUGAAUUUAUUUAAAAUAAACUUUAAAGCAAAGACUGGCCAAGUUACUGUAUAUGAAAUGGUUGACCUAGAUAUAAUGGCUUUGUCUGAAUGAUGCUUACGGGGUAGAGUGACAGAAUGCAGCUAUUUAACAAUGUUACAGCAAGUAACUGAUUCAUUUAGAACAGACUUAGGUGCCUCACAGUGGGACAAAAAGUGUACUGUACUAGUAUGGAUAAACCAGUCUCUGACUGGCUCUAGUUUUUUGGUGUUUUUCUUUUUCUUUUUAAUUUAUCUAUAAAUAAAGGCUUAGCAUCUAUUAAACUGACUGGCUGGAACAGAUAGUUAUGGGAUCAAAUAAUGUAUAGCUGUGAUAUUUAGAAAAUUAGCUUUUUUUUUUUUUUUACUUGUUAUCCCUUGAAUAUUUUUGACAAAGUAGAAUGAAAGCUCUGCUUCUUGCUUAAUUCCUCUGAAUCUGUUCCUGGUAUAAAUUAGACUUGUUGCCUAUGGUCAAAAUAUUUAAGGUUGGAUCAAUAGACUUAGACACCUAAAUAAGUGGCUUGAUUUUUGAGAGGUACUUGACACGAGCAAGCCCAUUGCAGUAAAUAGAAUCUGCUGUUGCCAAAUACUUUGAUACAUCAGGCCACUUAAUUAGGUGCCUAAAUAUGGAUCUAGAGCUGGUCAACUAACUUUAGGCAUCCAAGUUUGAAAAUGCUAAUCUAUAUUUUGAAAGCACCCGAUGUAUGAUGCUGGAACGUAAACACAACUUUAGCAAAUAGAACAUUAUGUAGAUGGUAUUUUAUGGCGGUCUUUAGUACUUGUAUAUUGAUUUUGCUGGUAAAGGGAACUAAGAUGGGGCAUUGUAAUGUAAUAUGCUUUAAGCAUAUUUGAAAUAGUAUUUAAAUGUUCUAAUUUCUACAUACUUAUUGCACUGAACUGUUUUUUAAUUGUUGUGAUAAAGUCAGCUAAUUUCAGGUCACAGCACCCAGUUAUGCUUGACCUUCAGCUUACAGCAUUAUUUAUGAAGGACAGAUAUAUAAAUAUGAAGUACCUCAUGUUGAAUGUUAUUGUACUGUAUCUUUAAUGUAACAGUGCAGAUCUUGUAAGACACAUGAAUGUGUAUAAUCACAUUAAACAUAUAAAUAAAACUGGUUCUUAUA